GAAGCCGUGGGGAGGGGGCGGGACCCUUUCCGCGAGCGGCGCAGGCGGCCAGGCCAGGAUGCGCCUGGCAUCCCGCGGCAGGCAGCCCGCCACCCCCGUGCAGCGCCAGCCGCCUCCCCUCCGCCCGGGCCCGGGGCGCUGAGCCGCCCCCUCCCCUCGGCUGCGCCAUGGCGGCCCCCGGCAACAUCGUGUCCGUUAUGGCGAGUAAGACCAAGACCAAGAAGAAGCACUUCGUGGCGCAAAAAGUGAAGCUGUUCCGGGCCAGCGACCCGCUGCUCAGCGUCCUCAUGUGGGGGGUCAACCACUCGCUCCAUUGGGGCAGCACACCUAAGAUCAAUGAACUGAGCCAUGUUCAAAUCCCUAUUAUGUUGAUGCCAGAUGAUUUCAAAGCAUAUUCAAAGAUAAAGGUGGACAAUCACCUUUUCAACAAAGAAAACAUGCCAAGUCAUUUCAAAUUUAAGGAAUAUUGUCCAAUGGUAUUCCGCAAUCUGAGAGAGAGAUUUGGAAUAGAUGAUCAGGACUUUCAGAAUUCCUUGACGAGAAGUGCUCCACUUGCUAAUGAUUCUCAAGCACGAAGUGGUGCCCGUUUUCACACCUCAUAUGACAAAAGAUAUGUUAUCAAAACUAUAACAAGUGAAGAUGUAGCAGAAAUGCACAACAUUCUGAAGAAAUAUCAUCAGUAUAUUGUGGAGUGUCAUGGGAUUACGCUUCUUCCCCAGUUUUUUGGCAUGUACCGGCUUACCGUUGAUGGAGUUGAGAUGUAUAUGAUUGUAACAAGAAAUGUGUUUAGCCAUCGUUUGUCUGUUUAUAGAAAAUACGAUUUAAAGGGCUCUACUGUGGCUAGAGAAGCCAGUGACAAAGAAAAGGCCAAAGAGCUGCCAACAUUCAAAGACAAUGAUUUUAUUAAUGAUGGCCAAAAGAUUUAUAUUGAUGAAAACAACAAAAAGGUGUUCCUUGAAAAGCUCAAAAAGGAUGUGGAGUUCCUUGCUCAGUUAAAACUCAUGGACUACAGCUUGUUGCUUGGAAUUCAUGAUGUUGAGAGAGCUGAACAGGAAGAGAUAGAGUGUGAGGAAAAUGAUGGAGAAGAUGAAGGAGAAAGUGAUGGGACCCACCCUGUUGGAACGCCUCCAGACAGUCCAGGAAAUACACUGAACAGCUCACAGCCUUUGGCUCCAGGGGAAUUUGAUCCAGCCAUUGAUGUUUAUGGAAUAAAAUGCCAUGAAAAUGCACCUAGGAAGGAGGUAUACUUUAUGGCCAUUAUUGACAUUCUUACUCAUUAUGAUGCAAAAAAGAAAGCUGCCCACGCUGCAAAAACUGUUAAACAUGGUGCGGGUGCAGAGAUUUCAACCGUUAACCCUGAACAGUAUUCAAAGCGCUUCUUGGACUUUAUUGCCAACAUCUUGACGUAACCUAUCAUGUGACAGAGGACAGACACAAGACCUGGGGACCGCAUCGGUGGCUACAAGUGUAGGGAAAAGAAAGGAACUCAGAGAAGUGCUCAUCUUGCAGAAAGCAACCCCCUUGUUUACAUCUGCUGGCAAAGAUGAAUAAUUUGGGGUGGAAUACUUGCUUUAACAGCUGCCUGAUAUUCCCAGCAUAGUUCUAGCUAUUUCUGACUUUUUUUGUGUGUGCAAA